GCGACGCCUCUUCUUCCGCCGGUGUCUGCAGCGCUCCUCGCGGGCGGGCGGCAGCUGCGGGGGGCUCGCUGGGUCCCGGACAGAAGGACGCGCCGCUCGCCGAGCGGGCCCGAGGGAGGCGGGGCGCCGGGACCCUCUCGGGGAGCCUCGGGUGCGCGGCUGCCGGGCGCCCGCGGGGGACUGCGGAGGGACCGACGGCCGGGCCAUGGCGGCGGCGUCGUGCGCGCCCGCGCGGCCGAGCCUGACCUCCAUCUCGUCGGGGGAGCUGCGCAGCCUGUGGACGUGCGACUGCGAGCUGGCCCUGCUGCCCCUCGCGCAGCUGCUGCGCCUGCAGCCCGGCGCCCUCCAGCUGCGCGGCGACCAGCUCGCGGUGCCGGGCCCCGGCGACCCGGGCGCCGCGCGCGGGGGCUUCAACGUCUUCGGCGACGGCGUCGUGCGCCUCGACGGGCAGCUCUGCCGCCUCAGCGGCUACAUCAAGAGGUAUGUGGAAUUGACCAACUACUGCGAUUAUAAAGACUACCGGGAAACGAUAUUGAGCAAACCAAUGCUCUUCUUUAUUAAUGUACAGAAAAAAGGCAGCUCCAAAGAAAAGACAUAUGCAUUCCUUGUGAACACAAGGCACCCCAAGAUAAGAAGACAGCUAGAGCAAGGAAUGGAUACAGUCAUUUCUUCGGUGAUUGGAGAAAGCUACCGGCUUCAGUUUGAUUUUCAAGAGGUAGUCAAGAAUUUUUUCCCUCCAGGAAAUGAGGUGGUUAACGGAGAAAAUUUGAGUUUUGCGUAUGAAUUCAAAGCUGAUGCAUUGUUUGAUUUCUUCUAUUGGUUUGGGCUCAGCAAUUCCGUUGUCAAAGUGAAUGGAAAAGUUCUGAAUUUGUCCAGUACGAGUCCAGAAAAGAAGGAGACAAUUAAAUUAUUUCUGGAAAAAAUGAGUGAACCGCUAAUCCGAAGGAGCAGUUUCUCUGACCGAAAAUUCAGUGUAACUUCCAGAGGUUCGCUUGAUGAUGUUUUCAGCUGCAGUCUGUCUCCCAGGGCAUCUCUGACAGAGCCUCCUUUGGCAGAAUUGCCGUUUCUGAGUGUUCUGGAAUGUGAAGAGACACCCACCCAGUGCGUCUGACUGGAGUUUGCAUUCUAGCUGCAGCCCCACAGAGGCCCAAGCCGGAACUGGAGGCUGCGGGGACACGGGGAGGGGGAGGCAGCCCCCCACCCACCUGUCAACCCCUCCUCUCUCCUCGGCGUCUACAGGGCCUGUUUCUUCCAUCCCUGAAGCCGGGUGGCCGGGCAGGCCCAGGGCUGCUGGCUCCUUCCGCGGGUCGGAAGUCUUCGACCCCGUGGCCUGGGGUAUCCUGAAUGUUCACCGUUUCCCCGGAGAGGCAGGUGUGCCACUGAGACCUGCCACCCUUAGUGUUGUACUCAGUGCCCUGGCAUCUGGGGCUUCCCACAUCAGGGUUUGGCCCUCGCUUGGGGCGUCCUUGUCUGACCCCACACCCAGCCUGUGUGGGGUUAUGGGGUUGGCAGUGAUCUUCUCUCAAGAACCCAGCUGGGCACGGAGCCGUUGACGUCUUUCACGGGGACACAGGUGCUUUCCGUCCUGCUGGUUUGAAAGCCUCAUGGGAAACGUUCACGGUGAGGCUGGUUGCAGGGCUGGCCAGCCUGUGGGGUGGUGACCCUGCCACCCACUGCCUGCAAUUUGAGCCUCUCGGCCUGCCUCUUACCUGCCUCUACCUGACCCAGGUAGAAUGAGGCCAGGUGAUAGGCCACCAAAAAGGAUGGGGAAAGCACACUGCUUUGGGUAUUUCACCUAAGCCUUUAGCUACCCUAACACUAAAAGCAAAA